UACGCCAGUUCCAGAAGAGAUAAAUUGAAAGAACACUUUACGAGACACCAUGGAGAAAACGCGUCUGCUAAAGUUCCUUACAAAGCACGGCCUAUGAGAAAUAACAGUACUUGUUCCAAUACAAAAUCUAAACAGACCUCUGCUCCAGAACCCACAUCGAGUGCAAAUUCUUCAACGCUUAAUUUUACUCCCACAACAACCACUUUAGCACCGAAUAUUACUCAACCUAUUGGGACCGAUUUGCAGGAGCUAAUGAUGCAACAUCAAAAUCAUCCAGUUACUUCAGACCCCACCGACUAUCACCACCACACGCACACACACAAUAUACAACACCAAAUUCUCUCUUCGAGUCAUAACCAAAGGGUGGCGCAGCACCAAAAUAACUCUGUUAAUCAUCACAUGUUGCCGCGACCUAAUCAUCCAACUGCCACUUCGACCGCGGCAGCCGUCGCUGCAGCGAUGAUGCUUGAUCCUAGAUUUCAUCAUAACUCGGGGGUUCCCUAUCCAACUUCAACCCCUGCGUCAAUGGCUAUGGCGGCCGCUGUUCAAAGCACGCAGCAAAUUCAAGCGGCUUCUGGCCAACAUUCGGAAUAUGCUCCUACGAUUCAAAACUGCAUGGCACUAUUUUAAUUUAUUUCUUGAGGUGUUCGUAGUUUGUUGUUUUAACAACGGAGUACAGUCUCUAUCUUGC